AUGGCAGGAACUAUAGCUGUGGAGACUGUUGUGAACUCCAGCUUCCUGCAAAUCUUCUUAUGGGAGCGCUUCAAAGGGAUAGAGGUAUCUCCACUUCCCUAUCCAAAGGCUAAAUCACUUGUUGAUUCCGCCGCCGGUUCUUAUGUGCCAGAUAAUCUCCCCUUGAUAUGUAGAUGGUCUCGUAGAAUGCAAAGAAAAGGCCAAAAAAUUUUAGAGUUACUGGAUGAUGUUGAGAAAUUUAUCUUUCGUCCCUAUUGUGCUUUAUCAGAGGAAUUUAGAAGUAUACCCCUCUAUGCUGAUUGUGAUGUUUUAGUCGAGGCCUUGGCCAUGCCAGCACAAGGUUGUCGGUUACGUAGAGAGGUAUUGUUAAGUGCUGCAUGCCUUCCUUUGCCCACGCUUGAUGAUGAUCACUCGGAGGUUUCUGUGCAUUAUUCCCCUUACCGAGUCAGACGACAGCUUGGGUUUGACCAGGGCGUGCCUUCUCGUCCCAACCAUGGAGAUUCCUUGACCUUGCACAGGGUUUUUUGGACAGGAGACAGUGUGUCGGGAGACGGCAGACCUCUUGCCCUUGCUCUGGCUAGCCGGCAGCGGCACUGGGAAAAGUGUUGCACAUGGGAAAUGGAAGCGGAGGAGAGCUGCAGCGUUGAGAAAAGGCAAGCUAUAAAGGGACCUAAAAAAUUCAUCCCUAAGGUAGCAGCAAGUGGUCCCCCCAGCUCAAAAAAGGGUGCCUUGCCAGAGCCUUUAUCGCAGCAACAGCCUGUAGCUUCUAGCAGCAGCAAACAAGCAGUGCCAAGGGUUUCGUCUCCUUUCAGUACUCCUCAAAAUAAAGGCAAAGGUAAGGAAGUUCCCGUGAUCCCGAAGCGUCGAAGCAUGCGCAUUCUCGAAACACGGUUUGCCAAUACCUGCAAGAACAAAGGCGAAGACUUGGGACCCAAAGUAAUGGUAACGGUUGAUGAUGAUAAUGAUGAUGGCAGCGAUGAAAGUGGUGCUCCAGAGACUGAGAUUAGCACCCACAAGCAAGAAAGCACUCACAAUACAAGUGGCAUGGAUGAGGACCUUGAUGAAGACCAAUACUAUAGCCAUGAUGAAGACACAUAUCCGGAUUUCGACAUUAACUUGGAGGAGCCCGAUGCCUCAGAUACACCUCUCGAAUUGGCUAGUGACCGUGGGCAGCAUGUUGACAUUGAAUUGGUCGUGCCCACCGUUGAGGACACUACAGGUGCCUCAUCGGAGGCCGGUUUUGACUUUCCCGCUAUUGUUGCUGAUGUUGUCCUGAGUCUUCCAGCAGUGCAACCUCCUUCUCCUCCUAACCUGGGCACAUCUGCCAUGGCUGCUGACACCUCUCCGCCACUUCUAGCAAUUAUUCCCCCUACUUCUCCUAUUCUAGACACAUCCGACAUGGCUGUUGACACCUCUCCGCCACUUCCAGCAAUUCUUCCUCCUACUUCUCCUAUUCUAGACACAUCCGACAUGGCCGCCGGCACCUCUCCACCACUUCCAGCAGUGCUAUCCUCCACUCCUCCUAUCCUGGGCACAUCCGACAUGGCUGCCGGCACCUCUCCACCCCUUCCAACAGUGCUACCCCUUGCUGAAAUUGUUGACAACAGCCAUAGGAAUGGUGAUACUUUUAUCGCAGGUACCUCUAGAGGGCAUUCAUCUGAGAAAAGCAUGUCUUGGCAGGAUUGGAAAAAUUCUUACACAGCAUUCAAAGCCCUUUUUGACGGCGGUGUCACGAUUCUUCGAUCCAUCGACGAGCUUCUUCCACUUUGCCACAAAUUCAAUCGUUAUGUGGCAUUCCAAGGCGCACUUGUGUAUCCAAAGACGGUUGCAAUCUUGAGAAAAUUUAUUGACAAAUAUGAGAGUUUUAUGGAAGCUUCCGACAUCACCUCUUCCUUCUCAAGGUGUGCUGCCUUCUGA